AUGGCCAUUGUUCGACCAGAAUUAGUCGCCCAGUACUCCAUGGGGAACCUCAAACAUGGGCUGCACAUCGCACUGUCUGCAUUCUGCUUCAUCAACGUCAUUGGAAACAUGAUCAUGGUCAUCAUCACUGACACCACUGUGAAGAGGGGCAGUCUCGAUGGAGUUUACUGUGAUAUCUGCAAAAUUAGAAGACCUUUCGACGCGUGGCAUUGUAAGCUCUGCAAUGUCUGCAUCGAAAGACGAGACCAUCACUGCUUGUUCCUGCACCGCUGCAUAGGACUCAACAAUCAGCGGUAUUACUUACUCUACUUGUUCUAUCUGACCGUUUCCAUGAUCUACUCCAUGUAUUACAACUAUCUCUUCACCAAUUCCAAGUUCGAUGGGUACGGGCUCUUAUUGUCCAUCAGUCGAUUGCUUAAUCCUAUGGUGAGGAUUUUACUCAAAAGUUAUUGUGUGGGAACAGAAGAUCUUUGUGCUUUGUUUUUCAUGAUCAAUAUAGGUGUGUUUUUAUGGUCUACAGCGCUUCUACAUUUCCAUUUAAAGAAUGUGAUCAGGGGGCUUACUUGGCAUGAUGCUCUUUUGAGAAAGAAAUUCUAUGAAGGCACCAAACUGUCUCAUGAAAUGUGGCAGGAGAAUUUGAUGAGCGUUUUCGGAACAAGAUGGCAUUGGGCUGUGUUGUGGCCGUUCGUUGAAAGUCCUCCACAUGGACGAUUCAAAACUUGUUUGAAAAUCGCUUGA